GGAGGAGGAGGGACGGGAGCGACUGGGAAGCCGGAGCGGUUCCAGGCGAGGUCGGGAGAAGUGCUGACGGCGGUGCCUGAAAAACCCUCCCCCUCUCCCGCCGCCCCUUACGCGUUGCCCGCCAGAGAAGAGCAGCCCCGGCACGGACACACACACCCCUUGCUCCCUCCCCCGGUGGCAGCGGGAGGCGGCGACGGCUCCGGAGUGGCUCGAAAGGGUCGCCUGUCUGGCUGGAAGUGGCGGUAGCGGCGAUUGCCGCUGCUGCGGGGCACGGAGGAGGAGCCCGCGCGGAGGAAGGCUUUAUGUUGACCAUGAGUCUUGUGAUGAUAAGUGAGAAUGUGAAGCUAGCACGUGAAUAUGCGUUGCUUGGGAAUUAUGAUUCUGCAAUGGUUUACUAUCAGGGAGUACUUGACCAAAUAAGCAAAUACCUCUCUUCUGUCAAAGAUACGUAUCUUCAGCAGAAAUGGCAACAGGUUAGGCAGGAGAUAAGUAUAGAAGCUAAGCAUGUGAAGGAUAUCAUGAAGACACUAGAAAGUUUUAAAUUAGACAGCACUCCUUUAAAAGCGGCACAUCAGGAAUUACCAGCUCAUGAUGGAGAAGUUUGGUCGUUGCCUGUACCUGCAGAACGUAGAACUUCACCAGGGCCUAGGAAACGUCAGUCAGCUCAGUGCAGUGAUUGCAGAAACCAAAAUAACCGAGCCGGAGCAGCUGCUAGAGUCCUUCAUCGGCCUUCUUCGCGAAAUACUAAUGAGAAAGGCAAAGUUGUUCGUGGUCGGGAAAAGAAAGAUCCAUUAAAUAAAGUAAAAGAGGAAAAAAAUAAGUCCUCAACUGAUAUUUCAGAACCUGAGCCAAAAAAAUUUGAUGGGACUGGAUAUGAUAAAGACUUAGUAGAAGCUCUAGAAAAAGAUAUCAUUUCCCAAAAUCCCAAUGUUCGAUGGGAUGAUAUAGCUGAUUUAGUGGAUGCUAAAAAAUUACUCAAGGAGGCAGUAGUUUUACCCAUGUGGAUGCCAGAUUUUUUUAAAGGAAUCAGAAGGCCAUGGAAGGGUGUAUUGAUGGUUGGUCCUCCUGGCACUGGAAAAACACUGCUUGCAAAAGCUGUAGCAACUGAAUGCAAAACUACCUUUUUCAAUGUAUCAUCAUCAACACUCACUUCAAAAUACAGAGGAGAAUCUGAAAAGCUUGUUCGCCUAUUAUUUGAAAUGGCUCGGUUCUAUGCACCAACAACAAUAUUUAUUGAUGAAAUUGACUCGAUCUGUAGCCGUCGAGGAACUUCUGAGGAACAUGAAGCGAGCCGAAGGGUGAAGGCUGAAUUACUUGUUCAGAUGGAUGGAGUGGGAGGUGCUUCUGAAAAUGAUGAUCCUUCCAAAAUGGUGAUGGUACUUGCUGCUACUAAUUUUCCAUGGGAUAUUGAUGAAGCAUUACGACGUCGCUUGGAAAAAAGAAUUUAUAUUCCUUUGCCAUCAGCCAAAGGCAGAGAGGAGCUGCUCAGAAUAAAUCUACAGGAGUUGGAACUUGCUGCUGAUGUUGACCUUGUCACAAUUGCACAGAAUAUGGAAGGUUAUUCUGGAGCUGACAUUACCAAUGUGUGCAGAGAUGCUUCACUGAUGGCUAUGAGAAGGCGUAUUGAAGGCUUGACGCCAGAAGAAAUCAGAAAUCUUUCCAGAGAUGAAAUGCACAUGCCAACAACAAUGGAAGAUUUUGAAAUGGCCUUAAAAAAAGUUUCAAAAUCAGUCUCUGCUGUGGACAUUGAAAAAUACGAGAAAUGGAUUUUUGAAUUUGGAUCAUGUUAAGCCUUUCUACCUUGAGAAAUCUGCCUUAAGUAUUCAAAGAGUUCCAAAAGUAAUGAAAAAGUAGUACUCCUGGGUGCUCACUGCUAUUUUUUAACUUUUUGUAACAACCAUAUAUGAUAAAGUUACUUUUUUUAAAUGCAGCUCAUUUUUCCCUCUUAGUCCAAUUGUCUAGAUGAGAAUAGGUUCUUGCAGCCAUACUUGUUCUGUUUCCUGGUACACUAUAGACUAUCAUUUGCAACAUUUGCACAUAUAACACAUAUUUACAUUUUGUUGGUUAUAUUUUUAAAAGUAGUCACUGUUAAAAUUUACAGUUCUAUUUUUUCAGGAAAGUAGUACACAUAGCCUUCUGUGCAAAAAAAAUCUUGUCUUUACACUUCUUUAUCAUAGAAAAAGUUGUUCCUCUUUUUCUAUAAAGGUAAAUGCUUUUUGUCAUAUUUAGAGAUCACAAAACAAGUAUUUUAAAGCUAAUUCACAAUUAGAACUUAACACUGAUUCAAUACAUAUCUCACAUUUAAUGUGGUGGAACUGAACAGAGAAGAGAGGGCACUAGAUUAACCCUUAGUGAAACUUAGUGUUCAAUCAGUUAAGAAAAGCAUUAUUAAACCCAAUGUAAAUAAAAUCCAAUGCAAAAAAUAAAUUCCA